AGGGCUCUGAGAGUUCUGAUUCGCACUUUCACUUCUCACUUGCAAAACCGAAGGGUUAGAAGAAAUGGCAUGGAGGCAAACGCCAUUGUUGAAUCGAAACAUACUCUCGCUGCUUUCAUCCAAUUCAAAUACUUUUAUUGCUAGGUUUUCUUCCAAAGCAAAUCCCUACCAUGUGAAGGUUGGUAUACCGGAGUUCCUAAAUGGAAUCGGGAAUGGAGUAGAGACUUAUGCAGAAAAGCUCGAAUCUGAAUUCGGGGAUUUACAAAAUCUCCUGGUUGCUCGUUCUUUGAAGCUGAAGAAACUCAAUGUUGGAGGCGAUCCAAAAGUUUGCAAACACACAUAAAGCCAUUCCAAGCUUCAGCCACCAAUGGCGUUUUUUAGGUAUCAAUAGGGUCAAAUUCCAAUAGACAUUCAUAAGCUUGGAGGAAUCCAUAUUUCUUGACCCUAUUGCCUCCAUUAAUCUAAGACUGAUGUUAUUAUCUUUCUGUAUUUGAUGCAACAGAGGAAGCUGAUAUUAAAGUAUGCCCAUAAGUACAGGUUGGGACUUUGGAAGCCUCGAGUUGAACCUCCAAAAUCCAAUAAAUGAGACA